AUGGGAAAUUAAUAAUAAUAAGAAAAUAAUUUUAAAUAUUAAAAUUAUACAAGACCCAAUUUAAAUAAAGAUGAAGUUAUAAUGAUAAAAAAUGUUUUUGAUUCACUUGACCCUGAAACUGGAAUGAUUAAAGUUUCAAAUUUAAGACAAAGAUAUUAAGAUUCAUAUGAUAAAAAUAAAUACGAUUAGAUUAUUGGCAUGAAACAAGUACUUAAUUUUGAUGAAUUUUACGAUAUAAUGGCAAAUGAUAUAAUAGAUAAAAAAUUAAAAUACGGAAAUAUAUAAUUUGAUUCAUAAGGUUUAGAUACUGAUUGUUUAUUUUGUCCCACAACAAAUAAUUAAAAAAUAAAUUGA